AUGCACCUCUUCUUUUAGGACUUAGAUGUUGCUCUGUGUUGAGUAUCCCUAUGCUAUUCACUGGUGUCAGCUACCAACUUGAAGAUUCAUUAUUAUGAUAAAUUGUCAUGCUUAUUUUCUUGCUUUGAUUUGUUUAUUUGUUUGUCAAUAGGGGACAAGACCAUGAUAUCUAGUGAUUUAGCAAUGUAUAGUGCCAAUACAUCAAAGAACAUUGAAAUAUUCUAAUGCCAUGCCCUACGAUAAACCUAUAGAUGGAGAAAGAGUUGUAAUUAACCAGUAUGCUAUAAAAGUUUUUUUAUGUCACAUAUUCUCAUACUUUUUGCCAUUUGUUGACAUUGUCAAUAUGCUCCGCAUAUUCAAAUCCACUACAUGACCCAUGAUUAUGGAAUAAUUUACAUAUUAAAUGUAAGAUCUGAUGAAGUCAUAAUAUUGAGGGACAUUAACGGUGACAAAAGUGCUUCUCAUGCUGAAACACAAUUCGAUCACUGGGGCCUCUGACAUAUUCGUUAAUUAUGCCACCUUUGGUCCGCUUUUUGUCUCCAUAAAGGUCUCUGAGGACUGUAUCUCUCUUUCGAAUCUGUUCUUCCGGAGAAGGCCUGCAUACGCAGUAUGCAGGUUUCCCUUGCAGGACUCCAAACCCCUUUAUAAACCACGCCUGGGUCAGCUAGAAAGUCAUAACUCUGACAAACAGGGAGACAGAAAGCUAAGUGCUGCUCAAACCAAAGAAUAUUCUGUCAUUUUAACCACUUUUGUUUUGCUUUUAUUUCCUUGGGGUACUAUGUGGAAAGCUGUGGUACUGGUGGUGUGUCUGCUAGUGGCUGGGGUUCAGCCCAUGGACAGCCCAACAUAUGGGGUAAAGCUAUGUGGCCGGGAGUUCAUUCGGGCAGUCAUCUUCACCUGCGGAGGCUCACGAUGGAGGCGGUCACUCAGGAGUUCAGAUGUUUCAGAGGACCCAUUCAGCUCCCGCCAGGAGGAGUCUUUGGAGGGCUUGAGUCACAAUCCUGUGGUAGAGAGUCUCCUCCAAAGCAACAGUGAUCUAAGCUUCACAAGUAGGAACGACCAUGAGGGAGUGUUUAGCAGGCCGGCACGUUCUUUCAUCAGUGACGAAAUCCUGGAAGUCCUACGCAAGGCUGACCGCAAGGGCCGGGACGUGGUGGUGGGCCUGUCUAACGCCUGCUGCAAGUGGGGCUGCAGCAAGGGCGAGAUCAGCUCCCUAUGUUGAGAGUCAACCUUCGCCACACACUUCUUUUUUCACACUUCUCAUGAAUUUUAGGUCAUUUUACAUUAUAUCCAGUGUCUUACAGUUAAACCAUCAUGUGAACUGUUUAAUUGUGAAAUUAUUUAUUAUUAUUAUUAUUAUUUAUUUUUGAAGUUUUUAGUAUCUAUAAAGUGUAUGGAAAGGGCUGCCAUGUGUUCAAAAGGUUUAUAUAUAUUUCUGUUUAAAAUUAUUAAACAUGGGGCGCCUGGUUAGCUCACCUGUUUGAGUGUGCGCCCCAUGUACGGAGGCUCAGUCCUUGUCACAGCGGCCGUGGGUUCAGUUCUGACCUGUGGCCCUUUGCUGCAUGUCAUUCCCAAACUCUCUCACACUUUCCUGUCUUAAUCUGUCAUAUCAAUUAAGGCAAUAAAAGCAACAAAAAAAACUUUGAAGAAAAGAUUAAACAUGAAUAUUAUGUUUGUAAUAAACAGCCUUAAUUAUUCAAUCUUGAACCAAGCUGUUUUGUCCUUCCCAACCACUAUCACGCACAAAAUAAUUACCUGAAUUGUGCAUCUGAGAAUUCAAGGAAAUAAUAUGCUUUGUUAAGCUCAUUUGAUAACAACUGUAAGUCACAAAUGUCUCAUCUUGUUUGUUAGAAGUAGAUUGUUGGUAUUUUGCAUUUGUUUCAUUGUACACAGAAC